ACGAUAAUGACAUUACAAUAAAUCAAAGAAAUCAACUAAUUUGAAAUAGUACAUGUAAUGCCCCUGCCCUAUAUAAGUGUCAAGACGAGCUCACAGGAAGUCAAGCAAGCCACUCACGUGUUUCCGGAUCUUAGCUGCAGACGAUCGACAAUUACUUUCCUACCUCCAAGAUGAAGAUCGCUGUUCUAAUCAUUGCUUUGUGUCUAUGUCUGUUGAUGACUGAAAUACUUGGACAUCACCACCACAGCAGCAGCAGCAGCAGCAAGAAACACCACCAUCAUCACCAUCACAGCAGCAGCAAGAGCAGCAAGAAGCACCACCAUCAUCACCACCACCAUAGCAGCAGCAGUAGCAAAAAGCAUCACCACCAUCAUCAUCACCAUCAUCACAGCAGCAGCAGCAGCAAGAGCAGCAGUGGAUAAGGAACAGUUCUUUACCAACAGCAGUGAUAACAGCAAUAAGUUACGCUCUCUGUUUAAGGAUUAUCAACAAUGUUUGCUGUUGAAGGGUUACUAACUGCUCUGGUUAUUAAAGGUUUAACGAUAUGUUUGUUACUAUACAUUGAUUAAUUAGAUUUCGUCGUUUUCAAAAAUAAAUUAAAUAAAAACCAAAUUUAUACUUUAUGUUUUAUAGUUUAUAAAGCUAAGUGAAAUAUAAGACCAUGUUGUUUUUAUUCGUUUCUUUGCAUGUAUGAUUUAUAUUUUUACAAAGCUAUCGACUCACUCUGUCUCUCUGGUAAAAUGUUCUCGGAUCAAGCUGAAAUUGUGCACAAUUAUUUCUUUUACAUGCCAACACAAGAAUCAUUAAAAAAAAAAAUUAGUUAAUAAAUUAUUUAGGUUUGUAUCUCGAACAAGGGAAAGAAAUUUUACUUGACUGAUAAAGUGGUAUAAACUGAAUUAGUCCCCUUUAUCGUUUAUAGAAAAAAAUUAAACAACCAAUACUAUAAAACCAAUUUUCCUAAACAUUUGAGGCCUUAGCCCUCUAGUUCAAAUUUAGUUCGCCAUGCCCUUUUUUUCUUUUAAAUUUUGUCUAAAUACUUAAAAAAGCGAUGACCUUUGUCCCACCUACCCCUUUCCAACUGGUCUAGACAAGGACAGGCUUUUGGCGAAGUGAAAUAACAGACAGAACAACAAUUGGUAAAAUAUUUCUAAUCGCACAGAUUUAUUAUUGCUGGUCUAGAUCUACUACAAACUUAAUUACAUGACUGAUCCGAACUAAUUGAUACAACUACGCUUAAUAUAAGCUUUUUUUUUUAAAAGUAUUUUUGUGUAGUUUGCUUGCUCCGUAUUAUCGAGUGAAUAUUUCCAUACAAGAUUUAUGCAACUCUUAUAGUUAAAAUGCGAAACAGGAUAUAGAUGUACAUCUAGAUGCCAUUGGUGUAUUUAUUAACUGAUUUUAUGUAGGUCGUCUCGUAGAUAGUUAAAAAUAAUGUACAUGUGUGACAUUGUGUGUACAUGUGUGACAUUGUGUGUACAUGUGUGCAAGGCCGGCCUUAGGCAGGGGCAAACUAGGCAGCCACCUAGGGCCUCCGAUUGAUGGUGGCCUCGCUCUAAGUCUCUACUAUGAUUCAAGCUUUAUUCAUGAAUGUUUAGAUCUACUUGUUAGACUACAUAUGUUAGAAGACCUUUGCUUAGAUCAACUUGUUAGACUACAGAUGUUAGAAGACCUUUGCUUACAUCUACUUGUUAGACUGCACAUGUUAGACGACCUUUGCUUAGAUCUACUUGUUAGACUACAGACGUUAGAAGACCUUUGCUUAGAUCUACUUGUUAGACUACAGACGUUAGAAGACCUUUGCUUAGAUCUACUGGUUAGACUACAGACGUUAGAAGACCUUUGCUUAGAUCUACUUGUUAGACUACAGAUGUUAGAAGACCUUUGCUUAGAUCUACUUGUUAGACAACAGCUGUUAGAAGACCUUUGCUUAGAUCUACUUGUUAGACUACACAUGUUAGAAGACCUUUGCUUAGAUCUACUUGUUAGACUACACAUGUUAGAAGACCAUUGCUUAGAUCUACUUUUUAGACUACAGAUGUUAGAAGACCUUUGUUUAGAUCUACUUGUUAGACUACAGACGUUAGAAGACCUUUGCUUAGAUCUACUUGUUAGACUACAGACGUUAGAAGACCUUUGCUUAGAUCUACUGGUUAGACUACAGACGUUAGAAGACCUUUGCUUAGAUCUACUUGUUAGACUACAGAUGUUAGAAGACCUUUGCUUAGAUCUACUUGUUAGACAACAGCUGUUAGAAGACCUUUGCUUAGAUCUACUUGUUAGACUACAGAUGUUAGAAGACCUUUGCUUAGAUCUACUUGUUAGACUACACAUGUUAGAAGACCAUUGCUUAGAUCUACUUGUUAGACUACAGAUGUUAGAAGACCUUUGUUUAGAUCUACUUGUUAGACUACAGACGUUAGAAGACCUUUGUUUAGAUCUACUUGUUAGACUACAGAUGUUAGAAGACCUUUGCUUAGAUCUACUUGUUAGACUACAGAUGUUAGAAGACCUUUGUUUAGAUCUACUUGUUAGACUACAGACGUUAGAAGACCUUUGUUUAGAUCUACUUGUUAGACUACAGAUGUUAGAAGACCUUUGUUUAGAUCUACUUGUUAGACUACAGAUGUUAGAAGACCUUUGCUUAGAUCUACUUGUUAGACUACAGACGUUAGAAGACCUUUGUUUAGAUCUACUUGUUAGACUACAGACGUUAGAAGACCUUUGUUUAGAUCUACUUGUUAGACUACAGAUGUUAAUAGAUCAUUGGUUCUUCUUUUGGAGAAAAGUCGAAACGUUAUUUCUAGUCUAGGGAUCAUGAAUCGUCCAUAAAGUACAUCAGUGUUAUCGACACUAUAUGAAUUUAGAUUCUUUGUUGAUUUAGAUUUAGAUGCAGGUCGGAUUAUAAUUCAUUAUGUAUUUAUCGGUCUUAACUUUUUUUUUUUUUUCAUUUAUUUGGGGCCACCCUAGUCAUUUCGCAUAGGGCGUCCAAUUACCUAAGGCCGUCCCUGAUGUGUGAGACAAAGAUUAAGACAGAAAUAUGAUGAGUGAGUGAGAGAGAGAGAGAGAGAGAGAGAGAGAGAGAGAGAGAGAGAUGAAAAGACAGAAUUGGGUGUAUUGUAUGCUACAUUAGUGUUUUUACAAUAUGAAAGAGUCUAGAAUUUUAGUAUUGUUGUUUAUUUUUUGGUUUUCGAGAUCAUGUUUUUUUUUUUUUUAAACUGGUGAUAGUAGAUCUUGUAAACAAACAUUUAUGCAAAUUUGUUUUCUUUCAAUUUUUAACCUUUGUAAGUGCUCAAAUAAAUGCAA